AUGUGGCAUACGUUGGCUGCAAUGAAGCGGAACCUCCAAAACAUGAGGAAGAGUCCACGAGUGGCUGAUGAGAACAUGUUUGGAGCUGGGAAUGGAGCUGAACUACCAAUCAUGGCAGACAACAUGGACAGAAGACGGCAAGGGUGGAACGGGCUUUCGGUUAUAUACAGCAUCAUAAGAGCUCCGCUCUCCCUUCUCUCGUGCCUAGCCAAUCCCCAUAUCAACGUUGCUGAUGGAGUCUGGGCAUCCGGUGAGUUGGCUCGGAUAUCAGAAUUGAAUCAUCUUAUGGUAAGCGACAGCAUGCGUUACGCCAUCUUGAUGUAA